UAUUAUCUGCUCAACAAUAUAUAAUAAUAAUAAUAAAAAAAUAAUAUUUUGCUUAUACCGUGCGGCAGACACCACCAUGAACAUAGUAGUAGUGUGGGGCGACCGAACGAUCCUCGUGGUGGCUGCUAUACUAACAAUAUUAUUAUGGAUAUUCAUAAUAAUUAGUAAUAAUAAGAAGAAGGCAGCACCACUGCCUCCUGGUCCACGGUGUUUGCCCCUUGUUGGAAACCUCCUAUCUCUUGAUCCGGAGCUCCAUUCGUAUUUCGCUACCCUUGCCAAAACCUAUGGCCCGAUUUCCAGGCUAUGGCUGGGUAAAAAGCUGGGGGUUAUCAUAAGCUCUCCGGAUCUGGCCCGAGAGGUGCUAAAACUCAAGGACACUACUUUCGCCAACCGGGAUGUUCCGGUUGCCGGGGUGGAGGCCACAUACGGUGGAAACGACAUCGUUUGGUCACCCUACGGUGAUCAGUGGAGGAUGUUGAGGAAGGUAUGCGUUCGUGAAAUGCUUAGCAGCCAAACCCUGGAUUCAGUUUACGCCCUCCGAAGGAAAGAGGUCAGGAAUACCAUAAGCUACUUGUAUCAUAAUAAUAAUAAUAAUAAUGGGGUGGCGGUCAACGUGGGGGAGCAGAUGUUUUUGACGGUGUUGAAUGUGAUAACGGGGAUGAUGUGGGGUGGCGGUACGGAGGUGGAGAACAGGGAGAGGGUAGGGGCCGAAUUUAAGCAAGUGGUGAAUGAGAUGACCGAAUACUUGGGGAUGCCCAAUUUGUCUGACUUUUAUCCACUCUUGGCACCCUUUGACUUGCAAGGGGUUAAAAAGAAGAUGAAAGUAUUGGCUAAAAGAUUAGAUGGGAUUUUUGAGACCAUGAUUCAUCAAAGGCAUCAUCAUCAAACUACUACGUCUGAGGGCGAUGACAACAACAACAACAAAGACUUUUUGCAAUUUUUGUUGAAUCUUCAAGAUGAAGGCGGAGAUUCCAAAACACCCUUCUCUAUCAGUCAUCUCAAAGCCUUGCUUAUGGAUAUGGUGGUGGGAGGGACGGAUACAACCUCAAAUACAAUCGAGUUUGCCUUGGCGGAGAUGAUGAACCAACCCGACAUCCUCGUCAAGGCACAACACGAAUUAGAGACGGUUGUUGGAAAAGACAACAUAGUGGAAGAAUCCCACAUCAACAAGCUGCCUUACCUGUACGCCGUCAUGAAAGAAGUUCUCCGUUUGCACCCGACGCUUCCCCUCUUGGUGCCGCAUUGUCCCAGCGAGUCUUGUGUCAUUGGGGGCUAUACGGUUCCCAAAGGCGCCAGGGUGUUUGUCAAUGUGUGGGCCAUCCAUAGAGAUCCCCUCAUUUGGGAAAACCCCUUGGAAUUUCGCCCUGAACGGUUCAUGGAUCAUGGCAAGCACUGGGAUUACAGCGGCAAUGACUUCACCUAUUUUCCUUUUGGGUCGGGCCGAAGAAUAUGUGCAGGGACUCUAAUGGCAGAACGGAUGUUUAUGUUUAUGCUUGCGUCCCUUGUUCAUUCCUUUGAUUGGAAAUUGGCAGCCGCCGGUGGUCAUGAACGUCCCGAUCUGUCUGAAAAGUUUGGUAUCGUCUUAAAAUUGAAAGUUGCUCUCAUGGCAAUCCCGACACCAAGGUUGUCAAGCUCCAUACUGUAUGAGUGACGGUGACGUACACAUGCCGUUAGCAGCUAUCUGUCUAGCUAGCACUGACGGGCUAUCUAGCUACUACACAUAUUAUAUUUAUUUCAUGGAUGGAUUAUAUAUCAAAACUAUCUAUGAUUUUCAUAUAGAGUACUUUUUUUAAACA